ACCCGUAUUCACAAAACAUUUUAUCUUAACACUAAAAGCUCGUCUAAAGUUAUCACUUGUAGUCCAUGUUUUGUCUUACAUUUGAUUUUGUAUUCAUUUGUCUCUGCAUUUUUAACCACCGUACUCAGUUCUCCGUUAGAUUUGUCUGCAGUAAACUCGAAACUCGCACGGUGUCAGUGCGCACCAAACAUACAGGCGUCGCGCAGCAUCGUCUCUGCAGUUGCGUUUGCGCGCUCCAUCAGUUGGUUGUGAUCGUCGUUGACAUCUCAUCCACCAAGAGCUAGGCUACCUGCUUCAAAUCGUAAGGAUUAUUUCACAUGAAACAGGAAUUUUAGGGUCUGUUCAUUACUGAUAUGGGUCCAAAUCUAUUGCGUGUGGAAUAUAUUUAGUAAACGCCGGUGUAAUUUCUAACAAAAUGGAACAAAGAGUGCGUGCGUCAUGGCGCCUCGAGCUUUUACAUAUGACAUUGAUUAUAUUAUUUUGGAAUGGAGUCCGCGCGCAAAUACGAUAUUCCCUUUCGGAGGAGCAAAAAGACGGAGCUGUAGUCGGAAACCUCGCGAAGGAUUUAGGUCUGGACCUUAGAUCGUUAAAGGAGAGGGGAUUCAGGAUUGUUACAACCUCAGGAGACUCACUGUUCACGGUAAAUCAGAUUGAUGGGAUGUUAAAUGUAAACGGCAAAAUAGACAGAGAGACUGUGUGCGAGCGAAUCAUCGCCUGCAUCAUCAAUUUAAAAAUUGCUCUUGAAAACCCGUUAGAGAUUCAUUACGUCUCUGUUGAAAUUGUGGACGUGAAUGACCAUGCCCCGACAUUCCCGGAGAAAGAGAAACGAUUGGAAAUUUCGGAAUCUGCCUUACCUGGAGCACGCUAUCAGUUACAGGCGGCACGAGAUCCCGACAGCGCCACUAACUCUGUUCAACAAUACAAACUCAGUCAUAAUGAUCAUUUCCGGAUUGAGAUUAAAGAUCGCGGCGAGGAUCGAAAAAUGCCUUUUCUAGUUCUUCAAAAGGCGUUAGAUAGAGAAACAACCAGCAGACACAAGCUGCUCCUUACUGCGCUCGACGGAGGGCGACCCCCGAAAACCGGGACGAUGGAGAUCAUAGUGGACGUUUUAGACGUUAAUGACAAUAUGCCAGUAUUUACACAAGAUGUUUACUCUGUAACGCUGAAGGAAAACGUCCCCGUGGGCACAAUUGUUGUACAGGUUAACGCUACUGACAUGGAUGACGGUACAAAUGGAGAAAUCUUUUAUACAUUUGGAAGUGAUAUAGACAGUAAGCUUUUAAAACUCUUUGAUUUAAAUUCUAAUACUGGAGAAAUUACUGUGAUUGGUCCUAUAGAUUAUGAAGAGACGAACAAUUAUGAUAUAGAUAUCCAGGCAUCAGAUAAAGGCCCAGUUAACUAUCGUCUCACAUCUGAUAAAAGUAUAACCAUUAAGAUCAUUGAUGUAAAUGACAAUGCACCUGAGAUCGAAGUGACAUCAUUUUCCAGUGCAGUGCCUGAAGACUCUAAAGUAGGAACCACAGUGGCUUUAAUCAGCGUCAGUGAUUUGGACUCUGGUGUAAAUGGAAAAGUGUUGUGCUACAUAACCGAGGAUUUGCCUUUCAGGUUAACACCAUCAUCCCAAGAUAACAUUUACUCACUGGUUACGGCCUCAUCUCUUGACAGAGAAACUGUACCCCGGUAUGAC